GGCCGCAGCGCUGGGCCGGGGACAGGCUGCGGAGCGAACACCCGGCCGAGGCCCCACGGCGCGCCGCGGGGGGCGUGGCGGCGGCGACCUCUCGGCUCCCGCCGCGCCGGCCGCACGCACGCGCACUGCGCCCAGCAAAAUGAGGGUCGCGGCUCUGAUCAGUGGUGGGAAGGACAGCUGUUAUAAUAUGAUGCAGUGCAUUGCUGCUGGGCAUCAGAUUGUCGCUUUAGCAAAUCUAAGACCAGCUGAAAACCAAGUGGGGUCAGAUGAACUGGAUAGCUACAUGUAUCAGACAGUGGGUCAUCAUGCCAUUGAUUUGUACGCAGAAGCGAUGGCUCUUCCCCUCUAUCGCCGCACCAUAAGAGGAAGGAGCGUGGAUACAAGUCAAGUAUAUACCAAAUGUGAAGGUGACGAGGUUGAAGAUCUCUAUGAGCUUUUGAAACUUGUUAAGGAAAAAGAAGAAGUAGAGGGGAUAUCAGUAGGUGCCAUACUUUCUGACUAUCAGCGUGUUCGAGUAGAAAAUGUGUGUAAAAGGCUUCAUCUCCAGCCUUUAGCGUACCUGUGGCAGAGAAAGCAAGAAGAUUUGCUCCGAGAGAUGAUAUCAUCUAACAUUCAAGCAAUCAUCAUCAAAGUAGCCGCUUUGGGUUUAGAUCCCGAUAAGCAUCUUGGAAAAACCCUGGAUCAAAUGGAGCCUUAUCUUGUCGAGCUUUCUAGCAAGUAUGGAGUCCAUAUUUGUGGAGAAGGUGGAGAAUAUGAAACAUUCACUUUGGAUUGCCCUCUAUUUAAGAAGAAAAUAAUUGUGGAUUCAUCAGAAGUCGUCAUACAUUCAGCUGAUGCAUUUGCACCUGUGGCUUAUCUGCGCCUGUUAGAAUUGCACUUGGAGGACAAGGUCUCCCCAGUGCCUGACAACUACAGAGCAUCUCAUUGUAUACAUAAUUCUUGAAAAGUAUUUUUGAACAUUGUUUGCUAAGCUGCCAUUUCUAUAUGGAAAAAUUACAUAACAUUUUCUCAAUUAUUAUGUCCAGCUUUUUCUCGUUACUUUUUUUUAUUCUAAAAAUGUAUAUUUUUAUCAGAAGUUAAUAGAACCUUUGAUUAAUUGAGGAGAUGUGAAUGCCUUGUUCGUUAAUACUGUCAACUUCCUCAAUAUUCGUUCUUUCUCUGACUUUUGUUAACACAUCUUACCGUGACCUCUAUGUGAUAUGUGCACCUUUUUUCCCCUUUUACUUCAUCUCCAAUCUUCAUUUCUGUAACGUUUCUUGGCCUCCAGCACGAUGGUUUAUUUUCCUCUUUCUCUCUUUCCUUCUCUCAUCUCUGCCAAUAAUAUCAUGAUGCAGAGGCAUUUAAAAUUGAGGAUGAAAAGACAAUCACUUUAUUUAGCCAAUCAAGUUUAUUCUACUGAGUGUUACAAAGUGAUUUAUCAUUUUGUUUUGAAUAUAUUCAAUGUAGUAACAUCAUUGGACAAUCAGGAAGAAUAUUGUUAAUUCUUACUGGUUGUUUUAGAACAUUAAAAACUGCAAUUUUGUGUAUUACCUGUACUGACCUUAGACAACUUUAUUUUGAAAUAGACUUUAUUUUUUAGAGCAAUUUUGGAUUCACAACAAAAUUGAGCAGAAAGUACAGAGUUCCCGUAUACCCCUUACCCCUACACAUGCACAGCCUCCCCCACUGUCAACAUCAGGCACCAGAGUGAUAUAUUUGUUACAAUCAAUGAACCUACAUUGACACAGCAUCACCCAAACUCCAUAGACAUUACAGUUCACUCUUGAUGUUGUACAUUCUAUGGAUUUUGGCAAAUGUAUAAUGACAUGUAUCUACCAUUAUAGUAUCAUACAGAACAGCUUCAUUACCCUAAAAAGUCUUCUGUGCUCUGCCUAUUCAUCCUUCCUUUCCCUCUCACCCCUGGCAACUACUGAUCUUUUUACUGUCUAUAGUUUUGCCUUUUCUAGAAUGUCAUGUAGUUGAAAUCAUACAGCAUGUAGCCUUUUCAAAUUUUUUUUCCACCUAGUAAUAUACAUUUAAGCUUCUUCCAUGCCUUUUCAUGAGUUUUUAAGUGCUGAAUAAUAUUCCGGUGUCUAGAUAUACCACAGUUUAUUUAUCCAUUCACCUACCAAAGGACAUCUCGGUUGCUUCCAAGUUUUGGCAAUUAUGAAUAAAGCUGCUAUA